CUCUUCGGCCUCGACUUUCAUCCCCAUCACUACAUCAACAACCGCUCCUCAGAGAUUACAGUGUCGCCGUGUAAGACAAGCCCGUAGUUGAGUCGUGGAUAGUUACCGAUACUAAUUACAAUCAAUCUAUGCUGCUUCUUUUCUCCUCCAGAUCCUCCGAGCCCCUCCCUCCAUCUCCGCAACAACAUGAUUCUUGGAAAGUGGUGACCGCCUCGAACGACGACACCUGCCCACUCCACACCUACAACCGUUGAACAAAGUCUAUAUAUACAAGCUUUAUUCUCCAAUUGCUUGAUCGACUGGAACAACUUGCGCCGUGAUACCCAUCUCUUCUCCGAUCCUCAACAAUCAACAAACACUAUCGACUGGAACAACAGGCCUCGGGCGGAUGAAUGACAACACAACAAUAAAGAAACCCGUCUUCUCCAAUGUCAUUCGAAAUGCCGCCGCCGAAUACACCUGAAGAAGGAGUCGCAGCUCCUACACCCUCCCCGAGAGCUGACUUCGGGGUCCCCUCUACUAUUUACGAUUCUCCUGCCUCGUCCUCGGGCGGCUCCAGACGCAGCUCAGUUGCCGAUCACGACCCGUAUCAAGUCUCUUCACGGGGUCAUACGCAAGAUCAGACUGAACCUGGAAUUGACUACCAGGCGCUCGAUUAUGCCCAACAGGUCGACGAGGCUUUGUUAUGUCCCAUCUGCCAGACGCCCUUCUUCAUGCCCAUGACGACCAAGACGUGCGGCCACACCUUUUGCGCCUCGUGCCUCGACCGCGCUCUCGAGACCCAGCACGUAUGCCCCAUUGACCGCCGACCGCUCGACAUCAACCGAGACAUUAGCCAGACCCGAACCCGCGUGAUACUCGACCAGCUCGACCGUCUCAAAGUCAAGUGCCCAAAUAGCGGCUGCAAUCACGUCUGCUCGCGGGAGCUCCUAUACGCACACGUCCAACGUUAUUGCGAACAUACCCUUGUCCGCUGCCCCGACCCUCAUUGCGACGAGACCAUAUGCCGGAAAGACGCACGCCCCGAGAACGGGUGUCUCCAUCAUGUUACGCUCUGUCCCUACUGCGAGAUGGCCCUCACUUUCAACGACCUCGAGAGGCACUACGACCAAGAGUGUACGGGACAAGAAGCCGAGUGCCCGCACUGCGACGCCGUCGUCGUCCGCCACCGUCUGGCCAAACACAUUGCGACGGACUGCGGCGAGGUCGAGACACACUGCAAGUUCCAGAGUGCCGGGUGCAAAAAGUUUGCGCGGAGGAAAGAUAUCGAGGAACAUCAGAAGGACGGGUGCGUCUAUGAGGCGAUUGCGAAGCUUAUGCAGGCCCGCGAGGAAGACCACAAGAUUAUCAAUGAGUUGAAGGGACGACUAGACGCUCUAGACGGACGGACACGGCACCUGGAAAGAUAUGGUGGUGGUGGUGGCAGCAGUGGGGUACGGGAGUCAUCUGCAUUCACCAGAGCAGCACCACCAUCAUCAGGCCUAACCGCCAAUGCCCUCAACAACUUGAACCGUAUGCAGCCGGCCACAUCAGGCUAUGCAGACGUGGACGAGGCCAAUCAAAACAUCACGCUGGAUGAUCUCUUCGAAACCUUCGACCAAGAAAACAACCAUCACGAUGACAGCAACUACAGUAGCCCGCGCGCGACAGCGGCAGCUAUGGCGGCGGAUGCACCCCCUGCCCCAUGGACACAAAACAAUGGCAGCGGGCCGUGGGAGUCACCAGAGGAUUACAUGCUCUCCCAAUUCGAGGCCAUGGAGGCCAGGAUCGAGGAUCUGCGGAAGAUGAUGGUGGAGCUGGACGGGAGACACACAAUGCGACUGGUCAACGACACGAUGAGGAUGAACGAGCAGAUUGCCGAGCUUGGGAGUAAAGUAGGAGUAUUGGGGAUGCAUACUACCUGGUUGAUGAGUAUGCAGAGGCAAAGUCGCGGACAGCAGAGUGGUGCUGGGUCGACGCCCGGUAAUGCGAGAUCAAAUAUUUCUGGUGCUGGUGGUGGUGGUAGUGGUGGUGGCAGUGGCGGUACCGCUGGUAAUAACGAAGAAGGAAGAGGCAGGACGACUACGACGGCGGCUGGUGGCUCUGGCUCGUCAAGGACGGCGACACAGACGCAGCAGGAUAAUAGGAAUCGUGAUGGAGAGGGUGCGAGAGGGAGGUAUCUCAAUACCAGUGAUAUCCCGCCGUUGAGGAGGAAUAGUGUCGGGAGAGGUGAGAAUCCACCUCGACUGUGAUGCAUGUUUGGGGUUACUCCCGGGGACGGUCACUGGGGUCAUACGCUUUUGCUAAUUACGGAUAUAUACUAUAAUGGUCUGAGGGAGAACAACGUGUAUGCAUAUACUUUGGAUUUGGCGUUUGGGAUGGAUCGGAAAGCACAAAGAGGUAGUCUUGUUGCACAUCGGGCCAUGGUCUGUAGGCCUGAGGAUAUUGUACAAAACAAAAUCGAAUUUUCACGCCAUGAUUUUGUACCUUUGAAGGGAUCAAUGGAAACGGAGGGAAGGGCUCAAAGAUCAUGG